AUGAAGCACGUCAGUGUUGCCAUCAUAGGCGCCGGUCCUACGGGCAUUUCUAUGCUCAAGCAGCUUCUCCAAGAUGGUUUCAACGCGACGUUAUUUGAGAGACGCAGUUCCGUCGGGGGAUUGUGGGCAUACGACGCAAAUAAUGGAUGGACCACUGCAUUAGCGUCUACGAGUGCAAAUAUCAGCAAGUAUACCUGUGGAUUUACCGACUUUCCAAUACCAGACAAGUAUCCCGUCUAUCUCAGCGCAGCAAACUUCCAAGAGUUUAUGCAGAGUUAUGCGGAGCACUUCAAGCUCACAGAGCAUAUCUCGUUCAACAGCAGUGUUCAAGUCGUCAACCGCAACAGCGACGAUAGUGGGUGGAUAUUACAGGUUGAGAAAGUCGGAACGGGCGAAAAAGAGUCUCGCACAUUUGACAAGGUCGUUUUCUGUCAUGGUUAUCAGACCAAAAGAGUGAUGCCGACAUUUCCGGGGCAGGAUAAAUUCGAAGGGGAGAUUAUACACUCGCAGCAAUACCGAAGCCCAGAAGCGUUCCGGGACAAAAUAGUGGUGAUUCUUGGUCUAUCCACGACAACAGGCGAGAUCACGCCGCAAGUAAUCAGCACAGCGAAAAAGGUCUACGUCUCCCACAGAAGCGGCCAGAUGAUGGUCAAGCGCAUGCGUAAAGGACGGCCGACAGAUCUAAUAAUCUCGUGGAGGCGUCGCCAAAUUACUCAGUGGAUGGCAAAGAACAUACCUAAUUUCUACAGAUACUUGGCGGGCUGGGGAGCCAGACUUCUCUCGUCUCAAUUCUCAGAUGUGAAACUCGACCCGGAAUGGCGGAUUCAGUCAUUCCGUAACCCGACACUGCGAUUACCAGGUCUUAUUCAAGAUAUUGUACCUCACUUGCAGGACGGUAGCUUGACAAGUCUGCAUGGGAUUAAACGUUUCUUGGGUGGACGAUCAAUCGAGCUUGAUGACGGGACUGUAGUGGAUGAUGUGGACAGCGUUAUCUUAACUACAGGCUACUGCGCCGACUUUUCUGUCUCUCCCUUCAUCGAAAAGAGUAUGCCAAAGUCACCGACUUAUCAUGGGCCCGCCAUUCAACGCCUAUACAUGAAUGUCUUUCCUCCAAAGUACGCAGACAGUUACGCUGUGCUAUGUUACUCAGCAUUUGGCAAGAACAAUGGCUUUUCAUUCAGCGAUGUCAUGAACAUGGCCAUAUCCAACAUUUGGCGAGGCGUGAGCAAACUACCGUCUUACCAAGAGAUGGAGCAAUGGGUUGACGACCAUCAAAAAUGGGUCGCAGCAAACUGGGCCCGAGAGCCGCAUCUUGACGUGAGCAUGGUCAAACAGUAUGAGUUCCAACCCUGGAUGCACCAACAAGCGGGAACAGGAAUGGAGAAUCUCGGGUGGGGAUUAGCAGGGUGGAAGUUCUGGUGGAAGGAUAGACAGAUGUACAACCUCAUGAAUCACGGUGUAGAGACAGCUCACAUGUUUCGGUACUUUGAGACGGGGAAGAGAAAAACGUGGGAGGGGGCGAGGGAUGAAAUUAUUCGUCAAAAUAAGAUAGUUGAGGAGAACUUUUCUGGGAAGAACAAGAAGCUGAGGGAGGAAUAG